UAUAUUUUGCUCGUGUCGACGCUGGAUUGCUUUUCGGGUGUCCGACCUCGUGCGUCUCACAAUAUACUACAUACAGUCAACCGCGACGAGCUAUUCGUUGUGCGAGGCUCAAAACAGCACACAAUAAAUAUCUAAAGACGAACUUACUCCAGCACCCCUAAAACGUCAUCACGCCCGGCAUACCUAAUCAACGUCCUCAGCAAACAUGGCGGCAUCAAUCCCGCUGCCCUUAAAGGCCCAGGUCCCUGUCACACCUCCGGCCGAAUUCCAAACGUUUAUGAAUCGCCCUCCUCCACAACCUUUCACUCAGGGGGCGGUCCACCACCAAACAAGCUCCACCCUCCCAAAUGAUGGAAAAUCACCACAACCCGCCCAACCUUCACCAACCUCAGACACACCAAACGCAGCCAAUUCUAUGCCACUAAACGCCUUUUUAUUCCCCGACAACAUCAACAUCAACAAAAUCCUCCACCAUCACUCCCACCAACACCAACACCCCCAACAACACCACAAGGCCCCCACCAUCCCCAACCCUCACCCCAACCCUGGACCCCAACCAACAGCAGCAGCAGCACCAGCAGCAGCAGCACCAUCACCAUCACCACCAGCAGCAACAGCACCUCCCCCAGGAAUCGACCCGCGCUACCUGGCCAUGGCCUCCCGCAUGGCGAGCUUCUACCAGCAGCGCGCCGAGGCCGUGGCCGCCGCCCAGCACCGGCGCUGCCAGGCGUGGGCCGAUGAGGAGCAGAGCAAGCGCCGCCAGGCCGUCAUGCAGGCCGCCACCGUCAUGAUCGCGUGGUACGUGCGGGAUAGGCUGGUGAGGCGCCGCAAGAGGAGGCGGAGAAGGUUUCAGAGGGGGUUGGCGGCGAGGGGGGGGAUUGCUGCUGGGGGUGGUGUUAUUGGGGGUGGGGUUGGGGACUUUUGGGGGAGGAGGGUGGCCAAGGGGGAGGCGGUUAGGCGUUGGGUUAUGGGGGCGGCGGGUGGGGGGAGGAGUGGUGGUGGUGAUGGUUUGGGGAGGCAGCUGCCGGUGGAUAAGGAGGAGGUGGAUUUUGAUAUGGAUCGGGAGGUGCCCGUUGAUAAGGAUGCGCACCUGCUUGAGGUGACGGGGAAUAUCAUCAAGAACCACUUGGCGGGGACCGAGGUGCCGUUAUUGGGGGCGCUGUCGUUUGAUGAGAGUGAUAGCGACAGCGAGAGUGAGGAGGAGGAAGACGAGUUUAUGGGCUACGAGGAUGAAGAGGAGGGGUAUGGUGAAGAGGCGGACUACGAGGAAGACUACCAAGAGGAUGGGGAGGGGGGCGAAGUGGACGGGGGAAAGGUUGUCAAGAAUGAGUCUAAAGGCCAGGGGCACGGGGCUGGACAGGGAGAGCCGGUCUCUCCUCUCAAAGAUGCGGCCUAGUUGAAGAUGGCGAUCAAGGCACGCUGCAAACACCCUCUCACACCUUAAUUCUAUGACGAAAUACGUUGGAUGGCGAGUCUGGUGGAUGAGCCAAAAGAGUGCUCCCAGACAAAACACUCUCCCCAAAAUAAAUAUAUUAAAUACUCUUGUUCGAAUGAUCAUCCAAACCUGACUCGAUGUGUAACCCGAAGAAGCAUGUUGAGCAGGCACAUGUCCAGAUAAAGUAACCGCCCCGGUCUCACAACCACGGUCGGCGAACUCGGGUUCGCGGCAAAACAUGUUUUUCUAUAUUACUACUCUGUCUGUUCGUGUCCAACGUCGUAUCCCAAUUGUAUCGUGAAGACAUUAGGCACAAAGCUUCAAGUCAG